AUGGAGAAAUUUGCCCAAUUUUUAGAUAAGUUCUGUCUUUCUCCCCUUCCUUUUGAGGGGGAGAAGUAUACUUGGCAUAAUCGCUCUGUGCAUGAGCGCCUUGAUUGGGCUCUGGGAUCUGAGUCUUGGAGGACUCUUUUCCCUAAUGCUAAUUUGCAUCACUUGCCAUUUUAUGGCUCCGAUCAUCGUCCUCUUAAGGUUUUCCUUCAUGAGUCCAUUGCUUCUAGUUUACAUCCUUUCAGGAAGCGGUUUCAAUUUGAAAAUGUUUGGCUUCAGAGCCCUGUUUUUUAUUCCACGGUGCAUGACUCUUGGAUGAAUUCUUCCAGGGCCUCUUCUCAUGAGAAUGCUUUUAAGAUUGCUAGGCUUCAGGUCUCUGCUUCUAGUAGUAGAGAGUCUGCUCUUAGGGUCCAGUAUCUCCAGUCCCAGUUAGAUGCUCUUCUUUAUAAGGAGGAAGUUUACUGGAGGCAACGAUCUCGAGUUAAUUGGCAUAGAGCAGGUGAUAAGAAUACUAAAUUUUUUCAUAGCUCUGAGGGUUGUGAUGCUGAGGCAACUAAUCAGAUAUUGGAUUGUUUAGGGCCUCCCCUAGAUGUGACUGAUAUUGAUUAUUUGGCUAGCUCUUAUACAGCUCAAGAAGUGAAACAAGUUGUUUUUAGCCUCAGGGGAUAA